AUGAAUUUUACAGGUAUUGUCAAAAAUAUUGAAUUUAAGAAACCUGUUGAUGGUAUCAUGUAUAUGAUUAAUAGCACUAAAGUUGCGGAUUUUGUCGCUCCCAAGGAUCUUAUGAAAAAAUUUUGUUAUAAUUUGAUGACCACUGUCGAAAUUUCCAGUAUCGGCGCCAACAUAA